UUCCUCAAGGAGAUUUUAUUUUUUUUAAUAAUAAUGAGACUAUAAUAAGGUAGCUACUAAAGAGAAGGUCACAAGGGCACGUGGGGACUGAUUCCUCUAGUUAUUAAACUACUGGCGACUUUCCAGUAAUACCGUUGAGACCCAACCUCCUGACAGCUGUACAUAGCUGUCCAAUCCCUCCCCAUGUGACCCCACUGCCACAUUGAGGUAGAGAUUAGAAUGCAAGAUUCAAUGACAUGACAAAAUAAGCUCUUGAUCAUCACAAUAUUGUUCUUCUUCUCCUCUUCUUGUGGUUUUUGUUGUGUCAAUUUCCAGUGUUCUUUCAUGAACAACAAACUUUGUUAGAGAUUGUGAUUUGGGUUGUUUUCAUAUUCUUGUUUGCCAAUAGCAUAUAUAAGAAUGAAGUUUUAGCUUCUUUUUUCUUGGAGAUUGUUCUUGGGUUUUAUAUUUCCUUUUUCUUCAAGAUUGUUCUUGUUUUUUAUAUUUCAGAAGCUUUGUUGAAGAUUGGUAUUUGGGAUAUUUGAAUUUUUCAAUUUUUUUUUGUGUCAUUUAGAGGGUAUUUGUAGAUUAUAUACUCUGCUAAAUGGCACAAUUACCUCCAAAAAUCCCAAACAUUCAAUCAACUUGGCCUGAUUUCUCCCACCAAAAGUUCAUGCCGCCGUCUAUUAAUAAAGCAGCCACGGCUGCUGCCAGCCAAAACCCGUCGUGGGUAGACGAAUUCCUCGACUUCUCGUCGGCGAGACGUGGGACUCACAGGCGAUCGGUAAGCGACUCCAUUGCCUUCCUGGAGCAACCAUUGCUAGAAGAAUGUCGUGGCGCGGAGGGUGCAGUAGUAGUAUCUCAUCAUCAUCGUCAUGGUUCCGGACAUAACAGUGGCAGCAGCGACUUCGAUAAAUUUGACGAUGAACAAUUCAUGUCUAUGUUCACCUAUGAUAUCUCCAAUGCGGUGGCUCCGUCGUGCUCGAACCCUUCAACGCCGUCGGAUCAUAACAGCAUUAAUGAUGAGAAAGAUACAACGCCGUCGUCCGAUCAGAAUAAUAAGCAACACAAGACAAGAAAUGAAUCCGAUGAGGUGCAAAGCCAAUGCCAGCAAGAGAAUCAAACUCCAUCAAGCGCAACCAAUACCACUUCUUCUGAUCGGAUUAUUGAUCCCAAGAGGGUCAAAAGAAUCUUGGCAAACAGGCAAUCAGCACAGAGGUCACGAGUGAGGAAGCUGCAAUACAUUUCUGAGCUUGAACGUAGUGUAACCUCAUUGCAAGCUGAGGUUUCAGUGCUGUCACCAAGAGUUGCAUUUCUAGACCAUCAACGCUUGCUUCUAAAUGUUGAUAAUAGUGCUCUUAAGCAAAGAAUUGCUGCUUUAGCCCAAGACAAGAUUUUCAAAGAUGCUCAUCAAGAAGCACUAAAGAGGGAAAUAGAGAGACUGAGACAAGUAUAUCACCAACAAAACCUCAAGAAGAUGGAAAAUGCAGUACCAUCACCUUCCCCAGCAACUGACCUCACUACUGCUCCUGCUGAGAAAGAACAGCUUCUUCUCCAAGUUUAAUUCCUUUUUCCAUUGAGUUUUUUUCAAGCAUGGUAAUUAUAACUCUCUUUAUCAAGAAACUGGUAGAGAAAUAAAUUAAAGAAAAAACAAAUAAUGAUUCAUGCCGAAGGGGGAGGAGGGUGUUAUUGGUGCAGCUCUCUGCUGCUAUCCUGUGCAUUCACGUGAUGUGUUCACAUCUGAUUGGGGACCACUCAACCUUACAUGAUUGAUUGCAGAGAAAAUCAUGUGCAGCUGUGAUUAAAAAUUAAUUAUGAGGGCAAAAAAAAGAAUGAAGAUCAAGAAAGAAAAUUGUCUGCUUUAACUGAUUAGCUAUAGCUAUAGCUAGGAGGCCAGGGGUGUGAUUGCUGAUUCUUAAUUUUUAUUUUAGUCUGCUUAUUCUUUUUAUGAGUGAUGUUGGAAGCAAAAGAACAGUGGUUUUAGCGUUGGGAUGUAUGAAAGGGAAGUGGUUGUCAGUUAUCAGUUGGGAAGUGUUUGAUACUUUGAUGUCAGAUUGUUUGUGCUUUUUUUAGUGCUGGAUCUCUUUUUUGUAAUAAUUUUUAUUUUUCAAUCAUUUCCCAACCCAAAAAAAAAAAAGGACAAAAAGAAAAGUGUAGAUAUCCAUUUCUAAUUGUAUAUAAUGAAAAUUUGUAAAAAUUUGGGUUAUGGAUAUGAUUGAUGUGCAUGGAAUGGAACAUCACAUCUGCAUUA